AUGUCGUAUAGCGAGGAGCAGCUAGAUCGGUACUUUCACCACAUCAACUAUCCUCGGGAGAAACAUGCAUCAGAUCGGUUGCAACUGCUUACUGAACUCCAGGCUCACCAGCUUGCGAGAGUUCCUUUCGAGAGUCUGACACUGCACUACUCUAAACACCGACUGGUUUCUCUGGAUCUGGAAGAUCUCUUCGAUAAGGUGGUCGUACAGGGCAAGGGCGGUUAUUGCAUGGAGCUCAAUGCCUUAUUCGGCGCCGUUCUGAAAAGCCUGGGUUUCAAACUGGUUAGCGUCGGCGCGAAGAUCAAAAAAGAAGAUCGCUUUGGAGGAUGUUACUCUUCGCUCAUAUCGACGAGGUCGCACAUGCUUAACCUCGUCACCAUUGACGAUCAGCGCUACGUGGUAGACGUCGGCUUCGGAAAGGGCGCCACCAUGGUCCCUGUUCCCUUACACAAGGACUCCGGUUUUGAGUUCACUACCAUAGCACCCUUGCGCGGCAAGCUCGUCUAUGAGAAGCUAGAGCAAAAUACCGACCCGGACCAGCGCAUGUGGGUGUACUCCUCCACAGACACCGCCGAUGGGCCGUUUCGGCAACGGAACUGCUUCACGGAGCAGGAGUUCUUCCCCGAGGACUUCGAGAUCAUGAACUACGCCGUCAUGAAGAAGCCCACGAGUUACUUUGUCAAAACGGUCCUGUGCAUGCGGACGAUUAUGAACCCUGAGACGAAGAAAGCCGAGGGCACGAUCGUGUUGCACAAGGAUGAGGUUAAGAGGAAAAUUGGUGACAAGGUUGAGCUGCUUGAGACUCUGAAGAACGAGGAGGAGCGGGUCAAGGCUAUCGAGAAGUACUUCUUUAUUGCGUUGACACCCGCAGAGCAGAAGGCGAUUAAGGGCAUGCCCCAGGAGUUGUUAGAAGUGAAGUGA